UAGUUAAUGAUAUCCACUAGAACUGUUGGGUCUUAGAGUUCAAGUCUUCAAGACAACCAUGGGAACCAAAAACCAUCAGCUUCGUAUUGCUCUCUUCCCUUUCAUGGCUCAAGGCCACAUAAUCCCAUUCAUAGACAUGGCCAAACUGUUUGUUUCCAGAGGUCUCAAAGCAACAAUAAUCACCACCCCUCUAGAUGCACCCUUCAUCCACAAGAAAAUUGAAAAUUCAACUUCCCCGGUUCAUAUUUUCACAAUCGAUUUACCUACUUUAGAGGUUGGAUUGCCAGAAAAUUGCCAGAGCUUGCAUUUGGCCACUUCCCCUGAAAUGCAAAGAAAGUUUUUCAAAGCUGCAGGCUUGCUUGAGCCUCAGCUUGAGCAGUUCUUGCAGCAAAAUAGACCCAAUUGCCUUGUGGCUGACAUGUUCUUUCCUUGGGCUACAGAUGUGGCUUCUAAGUUUGGAAUUCCAACGCUCAUAUUCCAUGGAACCAGUGGUUUCUCCUUAUGUGCUACACUCUGUAUGUUUUUGUAUAAGCCUCACUUACAGGUGUCAUCUGAUUCAGAAACCAUUUUUAUUCCUAAUUUCCCAGAUAAGAUUGAGCUGACAAGAAAGAAGCUGCCUGAUUUUAUUAGAGAUGGAGUUGAAAAUGAAUUUUCAAGAUUGUAUGAUGAAGGUAAGAAAGCUGAGGAGAGGAGCUAUGGGGUUCUUGUUAACAGCUUUUAUGAGCUUGAACCUGCGUAUGCUGAUCAUUACACAAAUGUUCUGGGUAUCAAGGCUUGGCAUAUAGGCCCCCUUUGGAUAUGCAAUGAGGGGGCAAAAGAAGACAAAGUCUCUAUUGAUGAACAACAUGAGUGCAUAAAGUGGCUUGAUUCAAAGAAACCCAACUCAGUUGUUUAUGUCUGUUUUGGAAGCUUGUCCAAUUUUGUUGAUGCCCAGCUGCUUGAGAUUGCAAAGGCUCUUGAAUCUUCAGGGCAGCAAUUCAUUUGGGUUGUCAAGAAACAGAACAAUGAUCAAGAAAACCAACAAGAUUGGUUGCCUGAAGGAUUUGAAAAGAGAAUUGAAGGGAAGGGGCUGAUUAUAAGAGGGUGGGCUCCCCAAGUGAAGAUUCUCUCACAUGAAGCAGUUGGGGGAUUUGUGACACAUUGUGGGUGGAACUCAACACUUGAAGCAGUUUGUGCUGGUGUGCCUAUGGCCACAUGGCCUGUGUUUGCAGAGCAGUUUUACAAUGAGAAGCUGAUCACACAAGUGCUUAGGAUUGGGGUUGGUGUUGGAGCCAAAGAGUGGAGUAGAGUGGCAGUGGAGAGUGUGAAGAGUGAUGCCAUAGAGAAGGCUGUGACAAGGACCAUGGUGGGUGAGGAAGCAGAGGAAAUGAGGAACAGAGCCAGGGGUUAUGCAGAGAUGGCAAGGAGGGCUGUUGAAGUAGGGGGAUCAUCUCACGCAAAUUUGAAUGCUUUGAUUGAAGAGUUAAGGUCUCAUGACAUUGCUCAUGAGUAAAGAUAUGAUAGACUUGGUUUGAGUUGUUCCUUUCUAGUAAAUUAUGUGAUCAGAGAAAUGAACGUUGUGACAGAAAGGUGGUAUGGCAAGUUUUAGUCUUUCCAAGUUUGUUGUGAAACAGAUCCUUUCCAUCCUGUGUGUGGUCUUGGACGAGAAGAUCAGGAGAUCAAGCGGCGGACCAUUUAGCGUCGCUGGCACUAUCGACGAAUCGAGGAGGAGCUCGGAGACCUGGGAAACCAGACCACCCACCUCACUAGUGCAUGUUCUUAACAAAGAUGGGCUCCCCUGCCCACCCGGGAAUUCAUAAUUUGUUUGGCUGGUUUGGGGGCGUUUUGACUUUCCUUAUGGGAUUGUCGCACCUUGUUUUCCUACGGUUACGUUUUUCACCAGUUGCUUUUCUGGGUUUAUUUGACUGUUAGUGCGUGUUUGUAAGUGCUUGUUUGGUGUGCACUGAGAGCUUUAUUGCAUUGUAUUUGCUUUCUCGUUGUAAGAUCUCUUUGUACAAUGAAAAGCGCAAGUUUCUGACGAAAAA